AUGGACGACGACCUCUUUGACGUUUUUGACGAGAAGCCCGCUCCGGCGACGGCAGGUGGUAAAGGACAGGAUGACAAGAAGGAAAAGAAAAGCAAGAAGCGCUCGUUGAACGGACAAGUGAAGGAUGAACAACCUGCAGAGGAUGCUGCAAUGACGGAGAAUGGGCAAGAGAACGGGACAUUCAAACGCCAUCGACAGGAUGAGCCCGACCCCGUCGUCACAGACACCUUUGAAACCGAACAGUCUCGUGAAGUCGCGGCCUCCGCGGGUCUUCAACCUCAAAAGGACGACAAGUCCGCCGUCAUCCUUUCCCAUCAAGUCCGCCAUCAGGUCGCCCUUCCGCCCGACUUCGACUACGUUCCGAUUUCCCAGCACAAGCGACCGGAGAAGCCCGCGCGAGAGUGGCCCUUUACCCUCGAUCCUUUCCAAGAGGUCUCGAUUGCUUCCAUUGAGCGCAAUGAAUCCGUCCUCGUCUCCGCCCACACCAGCGCUGGCAAGACUGUUGUCGCCGAAUAUGCUAUCGCGCAGUGUCUGCAAAACAACCAGCGAGUCAUCUACACCAGCCCGAUCAAGGCGCUCAGCAAUCAGAAAUACCGCGAGUUUCAAGCCGACUUCAAGGACGUAGGAUUGAUGACGGGUGAUGUCACCAUCAACCCUACCGCGACAUGCCUCGUCAUGACGACCGAGAUUCUACGCUCUAUGCUGUACCGUGGCAGUGAAAUCAUGCGAGAAGUCGCGUGGGUGGUGUUUGAUGAAGUACACUACCUGCGUGACCCCUCGCGAGGCGUUGUUUGGGAGGAGACAAUCAUUCUACUCCCCGACAAAGUGCGCUACGUCUUCCUGUCCGCCACCAUUCCCAACGCCAUGCAGUUCGCCGAAUGGAUCACCAAGACGCACAACCAACCCUGCCACGUUGUCUACACCGACUUCCGACCUACUCCCCUCCAACACUACUUCUUCCCUGCCGGAGCUGAUGGCAUCCACUUGGUCGUUGACGAAAAGGGCGUAUUCCGGGAGGAGAACUUUGCCAAAGCCAUUGCAUCCAUCGCAGACAAAGCCGGCGACGAUGGCACCGAUCCCAUGGCAAAACGCAAAGGCAAAGGCAAGGACAAAAAGACGAAUAAGGGAGGGCGGAAAGAAGGUCCCUCCGACAUCUACAAGAUCGUCAAAAUGAUCAUGAUGAAGAACUACAAUCCCGUCAUCGUCUUCUCUUUCUCCAAACGCGACUGCGAAAACUACGCCCUGCAGAUGAGCCAGCUCGCAUUCAACGACGACUCCGAAAAGGCCAUGGUCACCAAAGUCUUCAACUCGGCCAUCGAGAUGCUGUCUGAGGAAGACAAGGAGCUGCCGCAGAUUCAACACAUCCUCCCCCUCCUCCGCCGUGGUAUCGGCAUCCAUCAUUCCGGCCUUCUCCCCAUCCUCAAGGAAACCAUCGAGAUCCUCUUCCAAGAAGGCUUGAUCAAAGUCCUCUUCGCCACCGAAACCUUUUCCAUCGGCCUCAACAUGCCCGCCAAGACGGUCGUCUUCACAUCAGUCCGCAAAUUCGACGGUAAGUCCCAGCGAUGGGUCACGCCUAGCGAAUUCAUCCAAAUGUCUGGCCGUGCGGGUCGUAGAGGAAUCGACGAGCGAGGUAUCGUCAUCAUGAUGAUAGAUGAGCAGAUGGAGCCGACUGUGGCCAAGACGAUCGUCCGCGGCGAGCAAGACAAACUCAACAGCGCCUUCCACCUCGGCUACAACAUGAUUCUCAACCUCAUGCGUGUCGAAGGCAUCAAUCCGGAGUUCAUGCUCGAACGAUGCUUCUUCCAAUUCCAGAAUGCUGCUUCUGUCUCAGGCCUGCAGAAGCAGCUGGAACAACUCGAGCAAAAGCGACAUGACAUGUUCAUUGAGAACGAGGAUGAGAUUAAGGAGUAUUAUGACCUCCGUCAGAACAUCACGCAAUAUACCGCGCAGAUGAAGGCCGUCAUCACCGAUCCGCAGUAUCUAUGCAAGUUUCUACAAGCCGGUCGGUUAGUCAGGGUGAAGUACAAGGAUUACGAUUUCGGCUGGGGCUGCGCCGUCAACUUCAUGAAAGUCCGACCAGGCAAGCACCAAAAGGAAGAAGACAUUCCGCGGGGUCAGAGUGUGAUGAUUGACGUGUGCAUCAACGUCGCCAGUGAUGUCGCCUUGCCCCCGCCGGGUGCAAAGCUGCAAGACGAUCUGCCCCCUGGCAUCCGACCUCCGCAACCGGGCGAGAAGGGAAAGAUGGAAAUCGUCCCAGUCCUCAACGGCUCCAUCGACUCCGUCGCACACGUGCGCGUCUUCCUGCCCGCCGAACUCCGAACCCCCGAACAACGAAACCAAGUGCGGAAGAGCAUCGAAGAAGUGCGCAAGCGCUUCCCCGACGGCAUCGCCAUCCUCGACCCCAUCGAAAACAUGGGCAUCCGCGACGACGGUUUCAAAAAGAUUCUCCGCAAAAUCGAAGUCCUCGAGCACCGCCUGCUCUCCCACGGCCUGCACGGCUCCGACGAACUGCCCGCGCUGUACGACAAGUACGCCGAGAAGGUCGAGCUGGGCAACGAGAUCAAAGGCGUGCGGAAGAAGAUUACGGACGCGCUGUCCGUGCUGCAGCUCGACGAGCUGAAGAAUCGCAAGCGCGUGCUGCGCCGUUUGGGGUUUGUUAAUGAGGCCGAUGUCGUGCAGGUUAAGGCGCGAGUGGCGUGCGAAAUCAGCACAGGCGAUGAACUCGUGCUGUCGGAGUUGCUGUUCAAUCGCUUCUUCAAUGAACUCACGCCCGAGCAGUGCGCCGCGGUUCUAUCGUGUUUCAUCUUUGAAGAUCGCACGGAGGAAACGCCUGCGCUGAAGGAGGAGCUCGCUAAGCCGUAUCGCGAGGUGCUGGCAGAGGCGAGGCGGGUGGCAAAAGUCAGUGGGGAGUGUAAGGUGCUCGUCGAUGAGGAGGAGUACGUGCAGGGAUUCAAGUACCAGCUCAUGGAGGUGGUGUACGCGUGGACGCAUGGCGCGAGUUUCGCCACCAUCUGCAAAAUGACCGACGUCUACGAGGGGUCUUUGAUCCGCUUAUUCCGACGACUGGAAGAACUCUUGAGGCAAAUGGCACAGGCAGGAAAAGUGAUGGGGAGCGAAGAUUUGGAGAAGAAGUUCGAAGAGGCGUUGUUGAAAGUCAGGCGAGACAUUGUCGCCGCGCAGUCGCUGUAUUUGUAG